UCAAAUGUUCCUUACUUUUCAUUACACUAAUUUUAAAUUAUCAAAAAGUUAAUUUACUAAAAUACCAUAGUUUCUCUCCCAAUAAUUUCAUGGCCUCCUAUAUAACUGCGAAUCUAACCACGAUUAAGGGUUUCCCAUUUCCUUCAAAUCAUCUUCAAUUUCCCUCUAUGAGAAGAUAAAAGAUUUUGGUUGAUUUGGACCUGAUUUUGCGGGAAUGAUAGUUAUUGUUCUUGAUCUUCAUCUGAAUAAAUCUUGAGCGAAACCCAUAUUAAUAGUUAUGGAUUUGGAAAGUGAAUGUUCUGCGCUUGAAUUUGUGGAGGAUAAUGAAGCCAUUCAACACGCUAUAUCUCAUUUUGAUGUCAAAGAUAAUCACGUUGAUGAUUUCAAGAGCAAGGAUAAUGGGUCGUGCGCAAAUGAUAAUCAGACUCAGAGAUUGGCCACUGAUCAUAGUGUCGAUUCCGAUGCUUUGACAGCUAAUAAUCAUCUAAAUGGUGCUGCUCAAAUUGUGCAGCCAAUGCAUGCACCUCAUCUAGCAGCUAAAUCUCCUGUUGGGGCAUCUCCCCCUACCACCAAAGGAUAUGGGUUGAAGAAAUGGAGGCGUAUCAAGAGAGACUUUGUUAAGGAUCCAACCGCCACUGGUGAUAUCAGUAAAAUGUUGAAGCGAGGUUUGUCUGGUUCUGCAAAUCCAACUAAACCUCUACAUAUGGCAUCACCCGAAAUCAAGCAGAAUAGUGUGGCUUCUGUUGGACCAGUGAAUAUGUUGAAGAGCACAAGUGUUGCUCAUGGGCUCAUGAUGCGUAGCCCCAGUUCUGAUUCCAGGUUUGCAGUCGGGGCUGCUUUUGCUUUUGCUACAGAUUCUGAAAAUAGCGAGGAUCGGAGUAGCAAGUCAUCUACAGCAGCCAGUAUGCCAAAGACGAGGUAUGACCUGCCUGCAGUUUUGGGGUACGUACACGAGAAAAACCAGAUGAAGAAUUUAAGUGGGAAGAGUGUGGGUAAUUCAAGUCAAAGAGUUCAGCAGGGAAAGGGUAGUGUUGAAAGCAAUAAGAAGGCCAGAGGAGAAAGGAUCAAAAUUGAGAAGGAAAACUCUCAUUCCAGCAUGGAAUCUGACUCAAGAAGCUCUAACUUUGUCUUUACGCAGGGUUUGUUUUCAGUGACAAGUAACGGAAAGCAAACUGGAAACUCCUUGAAUUAUGAUGGGGAAAAUAGUGAUGAAGCUCGUGAAGGCGAGCAUCAGAUCAGUGAGGAAGUUCAAACUGCUUAUAGGAAAGAAAAUUUAGGUGAAAUUGAAGAGCUUUCACCGGAUGAUUUAGCUGCAGAUUUAUCUUGGGAGGAUAAGGAAGAAAAAGGUGAGAAUCACCAGCCUUCACCAGAUCAAGACGCAUUGAUCCAGUCUAUUCUUGCCCUCCAAUCUGUUCAGGAAGCCCUUGAAAAUGAAGUACAGAAAUUAGGGGAGAUAGGAAAGGAACCUCUACAUGAUGAUUCAAUUAACAUUAAUAGUGUUCAUAUGGAUUCUACUUUUGCUGAUGAGGAAAUCCAUGAAACUAGCUCAUCUGGUCAAUUAGAUUCUGAAAAGAUAAGAAAAAGUACUUUAGGUUCCUUGGAAACUCAGGUAUUCACCUUAACACAGAAAGUAAAAUAUUUGGAGAGCAAACUGGAGGAAGCAAGGGCUCUUCUGCAGGCGAAGGAAUCAAGGAUUUUUGAAUUGGAAACCAGUGUAAACAGUAGCAGGUUGCGGAAGGAAGAAUCCAGAAGCACUGCAGAGUUGCAACAAGAUAAAUAUAGAGAAAUGGAAUUUGAUCUUGAAGGCCUCUUUCAACAAAAAAUGGAGGCUGAAAUUGAGUUUCUAGCUCUAACAAGGGCAGUAGAGAAGUUGAGGGUUUCUGCGGGCAAUCAAGUUGCACUAUUUGAAGAACAAACAUCAUUGGCUGGGGAGCAAGCACACAUGUUGAAUAAGCUUGGAGAGGCAGAAAGCAAGGCUGUAAUGCUAAAGAAACAAGCAGAGGAGUUGGAAAAGUAUUGUGGAGACAUCGUAGGUACUGAAGAGGUUUUGAAGAUGCAAAGGAGAGUAUGUAAGGUUACGUCAUGUUUUUGUACACAGUUGGUAUUACUGGUGUUAGUGUUCGUUGUCUUGCAGCUGUCACCACAAUCAGGUGUGGUUGUUCCCACCUGAGUUAAAAGAAAAUAGAACCCCCCUUUUCUUUUUGUGUGUGUGUAUUCUAAUGUUUCUAGGCGAUGAUCCAAAUGUAAGAUUUCGUUGUUAUUAUAAUUAGAGUCUUUUCUUUUCCCUUUCCCUGCUUUUGUUAAUACCGCAACUUGGUUAAAAGUGGAAACCUUUUCAAUCUUGAUUUGAGCUUCUCUCAAUGUUAGUAUUUACCAACAAGGCUGUUUUUCUGUGAAGUAGAAUGCAAUUCUAAACCACACAUUUUAUCACUUUAAUUUGUUGGUUGUUAACUAGAGAAAUUAUGGCCAUGGCGUGCUGCUGGGUAGGCUUUGAGCAAUAAAUGUUGUGCUUGAGAAAGAUUUAUUGCCUUCACCGUGAACCUUCUCAAAACACUAUUAUUUGGAUGGGAAAUAUACCCCGUGUUGAAUAAUGUGACAGUUGAUUUUACAAAAUGAAUCGAAAUUUCUCAAAUUCAUCUUUUUAGGUACUCUUUCAUGUCAAAUGAAAUGAUAAAAGGUCUUUCUUAAAACAACACUAACACCAAUUGCCAAACGUCAUUGAUUAAAACCAACUUUUUUUCUUGCCGACAUAAUG